UCGGUCAGUCAGUCAGUCAGUCGGCGACUGCGAUGCGAUUCGACACGUUCGAUUUUGGAAUGUCACAAAAUGUCCAUUCGUAUCAACUCGUAUAAGUCGUAUCAUCGAUAAUAUUGUAAUAUCGACUGGACAAGGAACGUGAAAGAUCAGUUUUUUAAUCAAAAUUUUCAUUAGAAGAUACGAGAUUGGUCUCGAAAGAAAACAAAAAAAGAAACGAAAGAAAGAAAGAAAGUAAAGAAAGUAAAAAAAGUAAAGAAAAGCAAGAAAGAAAGAAAGAAAUUUAUUCAGAAGAUUAAAGGGUAUUUUACGAAAGAUCACUAUCAUCUAACAAGAUUAUCUUAUUGAAGUGGCGGCCGGUCCCACGCCCGUGAAAAGCCCAUUUCACGCGGCGAAUCAAGGCGCGCGCGCGCGCGCUCUCUAAAGUGCGCGACGCGACGCGACGCGACGGUGGCAACGACGAUCGUCAUCAUCAUCAUCAUCAUCAUCAUCAUUAUCAUCAUCAUUAUCAUCAUCAUCAUCAUUAUCAUCAUCGUUAUCAAUACAACGACGGCGACAAAGACAACGACAACUACGACUACGACAAUUACAACGACGACAAAGACGACGAGAAAGAUAAGAAAGGAAGAAAAAAAGGAGUCGGUGGUGAGAGAAAGAAAGAAGAGAAAAGGAGAAAGCACGCUCGCGUGCGUACGUCAUCGUACGUGCGUGCGUGCGCCCGCGGGCUGAGAGAUUGGUAAAAGGUGGUGGGGAGAAGAAGGACUUAAAGCGGGGGUGGAGAGAUUUUAGGAAAGGCGCGUAACACCUGACGGAAAAAGCGCUUAGAGCAUUUCAUAAAUGAUUAUGCGGUGGGCGACAGCCGCCCUUACCUUGGCGGUGAUCGCUUUAUUUAUUCUCGACAUUACUACGGCCAGGCAUCAUCACCAUCAUCGUUCUGGUAAUGGUCACAAACCAUCCAGUGAUAUAUCUCUUUGGAUCGACCAACAGCAAAUUAAAAUGUUCAGCGGUGUUGAAAUGGAAAUCUAUGUCAUUUCGGAGGGCAUUGUUUUAUCAUAUCUUUUGGAUCCAGAAUUUGAAAAUAAGCUACCAAUUAUUCCUAGCGAAGUAUCGUACGUAAAUUUUACAUGGAAAUCUGGUGUAAAAAAAUAUUAUUAUAACUUCUAUCGACUGAAAUCUUUCGAUGAAUCAAUUCUCAAAACUCCAUCGAUCACGAUUAAAACUCAAGGAAGAGUACCGAAAAGAGCAAAGGAAUUUAGUGUUUUAUUACCUUGUACUGGAAAUAAUUCAGGGAUAGCACAAUUUGGAAUUGGUUUAAUGAUCGAAACGCGGAAAGGUAAACCUUUGAACGGAACACCGCUUCAUCUUAGCUUAAGAAAAGAAUGCAACUUGCGCGAACCAAAUCCAGGGCCUUGCCCUGACGGUUAUUUGGGUCCACCGCAUUGUAAAAAAGCACUCUGUUAUCCAAAUUGUAUGAAUGGUGGCAAUUGUACGGCACCCGGUGUAUGUUCGUGCCCUGCUGGAUUUCAAGGACCUUACUGCGAAGGGGGUAUUUGUUCAGAAAAAUGUUUAAAUGGUGGAAAAUGUGUACAAAAAGAUACUUGCGAAUGUCCCAAAGGUUACUUUGGUUUACAUUGCGAGUUUUCAAAAUGUGUUAUUCCUUGUCUGAAUGGAGGUAAAUGUAAAGGAAAUAACGUAUGUCGAUGUCCUGCUGGUUUUAAAGGCGAUCAUUGUGAAAUAGGUAGACGUUCGCCGCAACGAUCAGCUUGCACAAGAGCUUGCAGAAAUGGAACUUGUCAACCUGAUAAUACAUGCCUUUGUGAUCCCGGAUGGUUUGGAAAAUUGUGUAACAAAAAUAAGCCUUGGGCUUAAAAAUGAAACAUACUUUUCAACAGUGGUAUUAUCUUUAUAACUAGUUGGAUUAACAAAACUAUUGAUAUUUAUUCCAUAAUAUUGAGAAAGAAAAAUAUAGAUUUCAUAUCCUUUAGAAAAAUAUGAAAUAUCUAAAAAAAAAAAAAGAUAAAAUCUGCAUAAAAUUAAUAAUCCAAUUGGUUAAUGCCACAAAAAAUAUAUAUCAAUGUGUUUAGUUUGUAAUUCAUCCCACCCGAGAUGUGAUAUAUAAAAUUGCUUUACAGCAAUUUAAGCUAUUAAUUAUUAUUUUAAUAAUAUACUUUUAUAUUGUUA